CGGCCGACGGACGUAACUCGCAUUGCCGCUUCGGUUCCGUAACUUUUCGCGAUGGCGGGAAAAUAAGUUUUCAGUUCGCGCCAUUUUUACACAGACUGUGACAGCUAUGUUUUUGUUUUUUUAUUGACAAGUUUGUGACAAAGCAAAAAUGGUGACGGUCAGCAAAUGGUCGAUGUGGCAUCGGCUGUGCAUACUUAUGGCUGCUCUCGGCACGGCGAAGGGUGAAAAAUUUACCCUAGGCUACCUGACUGGAUCACAAAGAAAAAUUGGCGACAUGAACUACCAAAGACCUGGACGUGUUAUUUCAGGUGCCAUCUCCAUGGCCGUGGACGAAGUGAACAAGGAGCUGCUGAACCCGAUGGGCCACUCGCUGGACUUCGUAGUGGCAGAAACGUACGGCCAGGAGGAAGUCUCUAUCAGACAGGUGGCGUCGCUCUGGGCUGCCAACGUGUCGGCGUUCAUCGGUCCGCAGGAGACGUGCGUGCACGAGGGCCGCAUGGCCGCCGCCUUCAACCUGCCCAUGAUCAGCUAUUACUGCCGCGACGUGGCGAGCUCCAACAAGCGCGUGUACUCGACGUUCGCGCGCACGCGGCCCUCCGACAUCGACAUCUCGCGCUCCGUCGUCGCCGUGCUCAACCACUUCCGAUUCAUGCAUAUAGCGGUCGUGUACCUUAAAGCGCCGAAUCAUGAUUUCUCCAGGCUCGCCUUUGCCAUUAUCACAGCGGCAAACGAAAAGAAAAUCUCCAUAAGAACUGUCCAAGUGUACCGACAGCCAUAUUACUAUGAAAAUAGACGGGAAAACUUCUCAAGGAAUCCCUUUAUUGAUAUAAUUCGGGAAACUUACAAAGACACACGGAUAUACGUGUCGGUCGGCUACUAUCACGACCACAUAGGGCUGAUGUUAGCUCUAGACGCUAUGAAGUUAUUGGAUACAGGAGAAUACGCUGCUAUAGGUGUUGACGUGGAGAAGUAUGAGCCCGAGGAAGCCAUCAGAUACCUAGCUGGACCUCUACGGAAGGAACCAGAGGCUAAAGUUUUGAAGGCAUUUCGGUCGUACCUGGCAGUGUCUCCAUCCCCCGCUCCUUCAUAUACAGCCUUCGCGAAAGAAGUCAACAGAAGACUGCAAAUGCCUCCUUUCAAUUUUGUGAACCCGUUACUCGCAUUCGGUGCAGGCAAAGUGAUUCCCGUAGAAGCGGCAUGGCUGCACGACUCCGUGUGGGUGUACGCUCGGGCGCUGGUGGAGGCGCUACACACGGGGGAGGAUCCCAGGGACGGACGAGCCAUCGCCAUGCGUAUGAGGAACACCACCUACCGGAGUGUUAUGGGUUACUGGGUGCACAUGGAUGAGAAUGGUGACGCCGAGGGCAACUACACGCUGCUGUCCGUCGACCCCACGCGACCCGACGGCCUCUACCCGCUGGCGGUGUUGCACAAAACUGUCCCGGAGGUCCGUUUACUUCGCGACAUGAAGUGGCCCGGGGGCAGGGUGCCUUUGUCCGAGCCCCCGUGCGGGUUUCGCGGAGAAAAGUGUGUCAGUCACGUGGGCGCGUGGGCUUUAGGCGCGGCGGGCGGUACCCUCGCGCUUCUGGCACUAGCCGCACUAGCGCUGUACCGCGGCUGGCGCUAUGAGCAGGAGCUGGACUCCCUGCUCUGGAAGAUCGACUUCCGAGACCUGCACCUACCAGAGGACCAGCGCACUCACAAAAUGAAUAGCAGUAUAGGAAUAAUGACGAGCUCCAACAACGCGAUCACGGAGAAGGGCAGCACGGGGGGCGCGCGCUCCAGCCAGGUCUCCCUCAGUUCCAACCCCGACCUUGACUUCCGCUACUCCGCCAUCUUCACCGAGGUCGCCUUCUACCGCGGCCGCCUGCUGGCCGUCAAGAGGGUCCGAAGAAACCAUAUAGAUAUCACCAGGGAAAUCAAAAAGGAGUUGAAGAUUAUGCGGGAUCUACAGCAUGACAACGUGAAUGGGUUCGUGGGCGCGUGCAUCGAGCCGCCCAACGUCUGCGCACUCUCCGAGUACUGCACCAGGGGCAGUCUUAAGGAUAUUUUAGAAAAUGAAGACAUCAAGCUGGACAACAUGUUUAUCGCCUCUCUAGUCGGAGAUAUAAUUCGGGGUAUGAUCUUCAUCCACGAGUCACCGCUGCAGUACCACGGGGCGCUGCGGCCGUCCAACUGCCUGGUGGAUGCGCGCUGGGUCGUCAAGUUGGCCGACUUCGGCCUGCGGGAGUUCCGCAAGGGCGAAGUCCCACCCUCCGAUCCCGUCGCGCUAAGAUCUUAUAUUGAUAGUCUAUCCUACCUAUCCCCCGAGCUGCUUCGUUCAGCGGGCUGGGGCAAGGACUGCUUUCCUACCUCUCUCGAGGUCCGUGCGGGGUCGCCGGCAGCGGACGUGUUCGCUUUCUCCCUCCUGCUAUAUGAACUGCACGCGCGGCGCGGUCCGUUUGGUCCGGAUGCGCCUGCGCCGCCCGCGCUGCUGCGCCGUCUAGCGCACCCCAUGCCCGCGCCAUACAGACCGCCACUAGAGGCGCUGUCGGCGAGCUUUGACUGCGUGCGCGAGUGCUGCGUGGAGUGCUGGGCGGAGGAGCCGACAGCACGACCGGACUUCAAGGCCAUACGCACCAAGCUGAGGCCGCUUAGGAAAGGCAUGAAACCAAAUAUUUUUGACAAUAUGAUAGCUAUGAUGGAGAAGUACGCUAACAACUUGGAAGCCCUCGUCGAUGAGAGGACUGACCAAUUGCAAGAGGAGAAAAAGAAAACAGAGGCGCUGCUGGAGGAGAUGCUGCCGGUGCCGGUGGCGGAGCAGCUGAAGCGCGGGCGGCGCGUGCUGCCCGAGAGCUACGACUCCGUCACCAUCUACUUCAGCGACAUCGUCGGCUUCACCGCCAUGUCCGCCGAGAGCACGCCGCUGCAGGUUGUAGAUUUCCUCAACGACCUCUACACCUGUUUUGACUCCAUAUUAGAAAAUUUCGAUGUUUACAAAGUGGAGACAAUAGGCGACGCUUACAUGGUGGUAUCCGGUCUCCCGAUCCGCAACGGCAUGAUGCACGCGGGCGAGAUCGCGUCGAUGGCGCUGGCGCUGCUGGCGGCGACGCGCACGUUCCGCGUGCGGCACCGCCCCGACCACCGCCUGCUGCUGCGGAUCGGCAUACACUCGGGUCCCGUAUGUGCCGGAGUGGUAGGGCUCAAGAUGCCGAGGUACUGCUUGUUCGGCGACACGGUGAAUACGGCGAGUCGACUAGAAUCUACAGGAAUGCCUCUCAAGAUCCACUGCAGCGCGGCGUGCAAGGCGUUACUAGACGAGAUCGGCGGCUACAUAGUGGAGGAGCGCGGCCUCGUCUCUAUGAAGGGCAAGCACGACCAGCUGACGUACUGGGUGCGGGGGGAGCAGAGGCCCGCGCGCGCGCCCCGCCCCGCCCCCAUCGGCGCAAGGCACCGCACCUCACUCAAGACGAGGUCGCGGCUCGAGGGCAGCGCUUUGCACAGAUGUUGCAGUUUAGAAUCUCCAAAGAAACUACGGUUUGCUACGGGAAACCAUCUAGAAUCGCACGUGGAUAGCGUUUUUCACCACCGAAGCGAUGAAUACAUGGAACAGGUAAUCGAGGGUCGCACGUCGGGCAACCUGCUGGAGGCGCCGAGCCUGCUGGAGCACACGAGCGUGUCGUGCCCCGUCAUCGAGCACACAUCAGCCGUCUGUCUGGUGGUGCCGCCUCGGGCGCCCCGCGACCCCGCCGCGCAGCCCCUGCUGGCUGACGCUCGGCCCUAGUCUAUAUCCGCCACUCCCCUCGGCAUCCCUCUAGAGGCCGGUAUCCUUUCUGCCACGAACAUAGCGGCGAGUGGGCCAGCCCCUCGCCGCGACGGGGGCCUUGAAUUAGUCUAUUUCUGGUGCACGUUGAGGGACGCCGAGAGGGCACUUUCUCGUACUUAUUUAUGCAAGAGACUGAGCUGUGUUUACGUCAAACGACUUAGUUAAUCGAAGUGAUCUACGUCAGUAUUAUUAAGAGACUCCGUUCAAUAGAAAUUAUUUAAUAACAUUAAACUCUUAUUUCACAAUUUA